UGGGGAAGGUGGAGGGAAGGCCGGGCACAGGGUGAAGGCCCGGAGACCAGCAGAACGGCAUCCCAGUCACGACAGCCACUUUGCUGUGUCUGCUCUCCGCCACGGCCCUGCUCUGUUCCCUGGGACACCUCCCACCUCCUCAGGCUGCCUGAUCUGCCCAGCUUUCCUCUGGAUUCUGGCCUCUGGUCAUCCCUCCCCAUCCUCUCUCCAAGGCUCUCUCCUGGUCUCCCUUCUUCUAGAUCCCCUUCCUCCACCUCCCUAUCUGCAGAACUUCUCCUUUGCCCCCCCCACCCCCCACCACUGCCCACUUUCCUUUUCUGACCUCCUUUUGGAGGGCUCAGUGCUGCCCAGGCCAUAGGAGAGAUGUGGGAGGCUCAGUUCCUGGGCUUGCUGUUUCUGCAGCCGCUCUGGGUGGCUCCAGUGAAGCCUCCCCAGCCAGGGGCUGAGAUCUCGGUGGUGUGGGCCCAGGAGGGGGCUCCUGCCCAGCUCCCCUGCAGCCCCACAAUCCCCCUCCAGGAUCUCAGCCUUCUGCGAAGAGCAGGGGUCACUUGGCAGCAUCAACCAGACAGCGGCCCGCCCGCUCCCGCCCCCGGCCACCCCCCGGUCCCCGGCCAUCGCCCGGCGGCGCCCUACUCUUGGGGGCCCAGGCCCCGCCGCUACACCGUGCUGAGCGUGGGUCCUGGAGGCCUGCGCAGCGGGAGGCUGCCCCUGCAGCCCCGCGUCCAGCUGGAUGAGCGCGGCCGGCAGCGCGGGGACUUCUCGCUAUGGCUGCGCCCAGCCCGGCGCGCGGACGCCGGCGAGUACCGCGCCACGGUGCACCUCAGGGACCGCGCCCUCUCCUGCAGCCUUCGUCUGCGCGUGGGCCAGGCCUCGAUGACUGCCAGCCCCCCAGGGUCUCUCAGGACCUCUGACUGGGUCAUUUUGAACUGCUCCUUCAGCCGCCCUGACCGCCCAGCCUCUGUGCAUUGGUUCCGGAACCGGGGCCAGGGCCGAGUCCCUGUCCAGGAGUCCCCCCAUCACCACUUAGUGGGAAGCUUCCUCUUCCUGCCCCAAGUCGGCCCCAUGGACUCCGGGCCCUGGGGCUGCAUCCUCACCUACAGAGAUGGCUUCAAUGUCUCCAUCAUGUAUAACCUCACUGUUCUGGGUCUGGAGCCCCCAACUCCCUUGACAGUGUACGCUGGAGCAGGUUCCAGGGUGGAGCUGCCCUGCCGCCUGCCUCCUGCUGUGGGGACCCAGUCUUUCCUUACUGCCAAGUGGGCUCCUCCUGGGGGAGGCCCUGACCUCCUGGUGGCUGGAGACAAUGGCGACUUUACCCUUCGACUAGAGGAUGUAAGCCAGGCCCAGGCUGGGACCUACAUCUGCCAUAUCCAUCUGCAGGGACAGCAGCUCAAUGCCACUGUCACACUGGCAAUCAUCACAGUGACUCCCAAAUCCUUUGGGCCACCUGGCUCCCUGGGGAAGCUGCUUUGUGAGGUGACUCCAGCAUCUGGACAAGAACGCUUUGUGUGGAGCCCCCUGAACAGCCCAUCCCAGAGGAGUUUCUCAGGACCGUGGCUGGAGGCGCAGGGAGCCCAGCUCCUUUCCCAGCCUUGGCAAUGCCAGCUGCACCAGGGGGAGAGGCUUCUUGGAGCAGCAGUAUACUUCACAGAACUGUCUAGCCCAGGUGCACAACGCUCUGGGAGAGCCCCAGGGGCGCUCCGAGCGGACCACCUCCCGCUGUUUCUCAUCCUUGGUAUCCUUUUUCUGCUCCUUUUGGUGACUGGAGCCUUUGGCUUUCACCUUUGGAGAAGACAGUGGCGACCAAGAAGAUUUUCUGCCUUAGAGCAAGGGAUUCACCCUCCGCAGGCUCAGGGCAAGACAGAGGAGCUCGAGCAAGAACCGGAGCUGGAACCAGAGCCGGAGCUGGAGCGCGAGCUGGGGCCGGAGCCUGAGCGGGGGCCGGAGCCCGAGCCGGAGCAGCUCUGACCUGGAGCAGCUCUGACCUGGAGCUGAGGCAGCCAGCAGAUCUCAGCAGCCCAGUCCAAAUAAACUCCCAGUCAGCAGCAA